CAAGCACCUCGACAAACUAUCCCCAACACCGACAGUCAAAGAAGAGCAUAUCCAGCAAAUAUGAGGUUAAUCACCCACAACGUCCUUCAAUGCCACGCCAAACAAUGCCCGCCAGGCGCCUCAUACCCCCUAGCACUGCGGAACGUCGAGUUGGAAGCGGUAGAGGCGGAGUUCAACGAGGACUUUGUGAGGCGGAUGCUGGAUAGGUUGGACUGGAAUGUGUUGGUUGAUACGGCUUUUGUGCUGGGCAUCGCACAACUCCCCAAAGAGAUCCCCGAAUUGCGGGAUACCGAGUUCCUAAAAGCAGUGCAUAAAGUCAUCCUGGAGACACGGGUCAAAGAAGCCGAAAUGGUCUGCAACGGCUGCGGUCACGUGUAUCCGAUAAAAGACGGGAUCCCCAAUAUGCUCUUGCAGGAUCAUGAGCUGUAGAGUUGAGAAAGGAUGGGUUCGAGAACAUGGACUACGAAAACAUCUAUAGUCUCGAGGGUCGGUCCGCGAGGGAGGAUCGCUGACUGCCGGGAAACACAUGUGGGAGACAGGGCCGAGGAGACAUCGACGUCCUUGGUCAGGCGAGGGAAACAAAGCAGCGUUGCAAACGCAGACCAGCGCGGCGGGACCUCGGAAUAUGGGACCAGAGGUCAGGCAUGCGCAGGGAGAAAUACGUUAGGGACCUACCCUAGCCAUGUGCGCUGUCAUACGAACAUGUGCCCGCAUCUGCGUUCUAGUCUAGCGUCCAUAGAAAACGAUCGGGGGAGCCGCCAUGCCCCAUUAAUUUAAGACCAUGGCGAUUUUGUAC